UCGAGAUACGCAAGGGAUUCCGAUGCUUGCCAGAAAAUACACCAGUCUUAUUGCUCUCAGCAGCAUUGGCAUGUGCCAGUCCCGUACCACAGAACCAACACUCCACAAUGUCCAACGGCACCAUGAACCAACUGACGCCGGCGCCCGAUGCGUGGAACUUCGCGCCGGACGAGGCCCUCCUCGGCCUGUCGGCGCUGUCGGUGCGCUCCGUGCUGGGCAGCAUCAAGGCCGGGAUGGACCCGAGCGACGACCGCCCGGUGAUCCCGCUCGGGCACGGCGACCCUUCGGCCUUCCCGUGCUUCCGCACCGCGCCGGAGGCCGUGGAAGCCGUCUCCGCCGCGCUCCACUCGGGGGAGCACAACUCCUACCCCACCGGCGUCGGCCUGGAGCCGGCGCGGCGCUCCAUCGCGCGUCACCUGUCCCUCGACCUCCCCUACGAGCUCUCCCCCGACGACGUCUACCUCACGAGCGGCUGCUCCCAGGCCAUCGAGAUCGUCUGCUCCGUGCUCGCCGGCCGUCCCGGCGCACACAACAUCCUGCUCCCGCGGCCCGGGUACCUGUUCUACGAGGCGCGCGCCGCGUUCAACGGCAUGGAGGCCCGCUACUUCGACCUCCUCCCGGACAGCGACUGGGAGGCGGACCUCGACGCCGUGGAGGCCCUCGCCGACGGGAACACCGUCGCCAUGGUCCUCGUCAACCCCGGCAACCCCUGCGGCAACGUCUACAGCUACGACCAUCUCGCCAAGGUCGCCGAGACAGCGAGGAAGCUUGGCAUCUUCGUCAUCGCUGACGAGGUGUACGCGCACCUGACGUUCGGGAAGAAGCGGUUCGUCCCGAUGGGCGUGUUUGGCUCCGUGGCUCCGGUGCUCACCCUGGGAUCCAUCUCCAAGAGAUGGGUGGUGCCUGGAUGGCGGCUUGGAUGGAUCGUCACCAAUGAUCCUAAUGGCGUAUUUUGCAGGACCAAGCUUGUGGAAAGCAUUAAGAGUUACCUUGACAUCUCCUGUGAUCCUGCGACAUUUGUUCAGGGAGCAAUCCCAGAACUGCUGGAGAACACAAAGCAAGAAUUCUUCGACAAGACCGUGGACAUUCUCAGGCAAACCGCAGAUAUAUGCUGGGAGAAGCUCAAGGGCAUCAGUGGCAUCACUUGCCCAAGCAAACCGGAGGGCUCCAUGUUUGUAAUGGUGAAACUGGAUUUGUCCUGCCUUCAGGACAUCAAAGAUGACAUGGACUUCUGCUGCAAGCUGGCAAAAGAGGAGUCAGUGGUUGUUUUGCCAGCAAUCAUAGCUGUGGUACAGUUUGAGCAUAAAACUCGAGCUCAUUGCAUAUCUGUGGAUGUGCUGUGGGAUACAAGAAUUGGGUCCGGAUCACGUUCGCAAUCGGACCGUCUUCUCUCGAAGAUGGCCUUGCUAGGCUCAAGUCCUUCUGCUCGCGACACAGCGAGACUAAUAAGUGACACAGUGAGCUCACAAGUUCCCUGCAAAAUGAGGCACCUGCUUUCCUACAAAUAACCACUAUGUAUGUCCAAAGUUCAGCAGGAGCUACCUGAAGGAUUCAACACUCUCAUGAGAGGUGAAAUAUUUGAUGCAAUAUUUAUGACUUCUUUGUCUAGCCAACAUAUGAGAUGUUACAAUUCUUGUUGUAACAUCAAGUAUGUGUAGGUGACAAUUGUAGGGAAUCUAUAGUUUGGAACACUAUUAUACUAUUGAAUAAAAGUGGGACUUGAUGUUAA